CUUCACAACACCUAUUCACCACCACAUCACACUACCAACAAUGGCAUCCAAAGCUACUUUGCUCUUAGCUUUAUCCCUUCUCUUUGCCACUUGCAUUGCCCGGCAACAGCACCAGCAACAGAACCAGUGCCAGAUUCAAAACAUCGAGGCGCUCGAGCCCAUCGAAGUUAUCCAAGCUGAAGCCGGUGUCACCGAGAUCUGGGACGCCAAUGACCAACAGUUCCAGUGUGCCGGUGUUCAUUUUAUUCGACACCGGAUUCAACCUGGUGGCCUUCUCUUGCCAUCCUACGUCAACACCCCUAUCUUGGCCUUCAUCGAAAGAGGAAGGGGCAUUCAGGGGGUUAUAUUGUCGGGAUGCCCGGAAACCUAUGAAUAUUCACAAGAGCAACAGUUUUCCGGUCAGAGCGAGCGCAGAGGAGAGAGGCUUCAGGUUGAUCAGGACCGUCAUCAGAAAGUAGAGAACGUAAACGAGGGUGACGUGGUUGCCAUCCCCACCGGAACAGCUCACUGGCUUCACAACGACGGCAAUACAGAACUUGUGGUCGUCGUCUUCUUCGACACUCAAAACAAUGAGAACCAGCUUGAUGAAUACCAAAGGAGAUUCUUCUUAGCCGGAAACCCUCAGGCUCAAAGCCAGCAGCAGCAGCAACAAAGACAACCACGCCAACAAAGGCAAGGGCAAAGGCAAGGUCGCCCCCAGAAGGCCGGUAACAUCUUCAACGGUUUCACUGUGGAGCUCCUAGCACAAUCAUUCAACGUCGACCAAGAGACUGCCCAGAAGCUUCAAGGACAAAACGACCAGAGAGGCCACAUUGUUAAUGUCGGACAAGACCUUCAAAUAAUCCGCCCACCACAACAGCACCACCAACAACAGCAGCAAGGCAGACCACGCUCUCGCCAAGAGCAAGGCGGACGCGCUCCCGGCAGAGGAUGGAGCAACGGUGUGGAAGAGACCAUUUGCAGUAUGAAGUUCAAAGUGAACAUUGACAACCCUUCCCACGCGGACUUUGUAAACCCGCAAGCCGGCCGCAUUGCAAACCUCAACAGCUUCAAAUUCCCCAUUCUCGAGCACCUCCAACUCAGCGCAGAUAGAGGCGAACUCCGUCCCAAUGCGAUCCAAUCCCCACACUGGACAAUCAACGCCCACAAUCUUCUCUACGUAACCGAGGGAGCCUUGAGGGUACAGAUCGUCAACAACCAAGGAAAUUCAGUUUUCGACAACGAGCUCCGUGAGGGACAGGUGGUGGUGAUCCCGCAGAACUUUGCAGUAAUCAAGAGAGCCAAUGAACAAGGAAGUAGGUGGGUGUCAUUCAAGACUAAUGAUAACGCCAUGAUAGCCAACCUUGCCGGGCGUGUGUCCGCGAUCAGCAGCAUGCCGGUUGACAUUGUCGCGAAUGCGUAUCAGUUGUCUCGAGAGGAUGCUCAGCAGCUCAAGUUUAGCCAGAGGGAGACGGUUUUGUUUGCACCAAGUUUUUCUAGGGGCCAAGGGAUCAGGGCUUCGGCUUAAGUCAAGUGUAUCAUGGUUUGAACAAUAAAAGAUCAUGUAAAAGAGUUGUGCAAUAAGUCUGUCGGAGAGUAAUAACAAGUGAAUGUAAACUUACUUAUGUAUGCAAUUAUCUAGAUAAUAUAUAUAUAUAUAUAUAUAUAUUGUCUAGCUUCCAGUUA